GGCAUUCCGGCCGGCCGGGCGGGCGGGGUGCGGGAGCCAUGGACAAGCUGAAGCGGGUGCUGAGCGGCCGCGACGCGGAGGAGCCGAGCGGCCUGGCCGAGGUUAUCGAUGCGACUUCCUUAAGUUGGAGCACCCGAGUGAAAGGCUUCGUCGCGUGUUUUGCAAUUGGGUGCCUGUGCUCGAUCUUGGGUAGUUGUCUGCUAUGGAUACCAAAGAAAGGGCUGGUACUCUUUGCAGUGUUUUAUACUCUGGGGAAUAUUGCAUCUAUUGGGAGCACUAUGUUUCUUAUGGGACCAAUGAAACAAUUGAAGAAGAUGUUUGAGCCUACACGUUUGAUUGCUACUAUUGUUAUGCUAUUGUGCCUCAUACUAACACUGUGUUCUGCUUUCUGGUGGCGUAAGGCAGGACUCGCGCUGCUUUUCUGCAUCCUACAGUUUUUUGCCAUGGCUUGGUACAGCAUUUCCUUUAUACCAUAUGCAAGGGAUGCUGUGAAGAAAUGUGUGUCAGUCUGUUUGACCUAACAAUACUGGAUGCCUCACAAAUUUCCAGGAAGUUCUAGGUAGAGCUGUGCUGAGAUCACCGUGUUCUGUCGUUUCCUACUUCUGUCUUAAACACGUGCCUUUCAGCUGCUUGUUAGAAGCUCCUUGUGUUCCAUCCGGAGUCUGCAGUGGCUUGGGUUUGUAAGCAAUGGUGUCUGUGGGACAGGGUGAUUAGGAUGAAAUGAAAUCUCUCUGGCAGAACUGGGCAGAGAUCCACAAUUUGUGAUGAUAAUUCUUGCAUAAAUUCAUGCAUUUGGUUUUAUAAAAGUUUCAAAGUAAUACGUGAAGUCUGUAAAAUKAAGACCUUGGCUCUGAGGGGACUGUGCCAGUUCUAGAGUUGCAAAUUGAUUUCUUACCAACAACUUGGAUUUUUUUAAAUAGCCUUAUAUCACUUAAUCUUUGCACUGUUUGCCUUGGAUAAUGGAAUAUUGGUAUUCUUUCUUUUCUUGUCUCUCUUGCAAUUUUUUAAGUUUAUGAGACUUCUCAAAGAUGUAAUUCUAAAGUCAAUCACUGUUUUGGACUAACUAUAAAAUGUUUGCAUCUUUAAUGAAGUAUUUAAUUUUCAGUAUACUGAUAGUGUUUCSUUAAAAUACAUGAAAGGGACAUUUUCAUCUGUUCCUGCAGGAAAAGUACUCUAAAAUAAGGUUAAUUUAUGUUUUCAGCUGCUGGGAACCUGAGUUCUUUUCCUUGAUUACAGCUUAUGGUUACAGAGUAGGAAUCUGACAUAUUUCACAUGAAGUGAGGUGCUUCUCUUCUCCUCCAGCUGUAACAUAAGAGCAAUGCAAAGGACAUGGUAGGCAAGCAAUAAGGGAAUUAAUGUAURUCCUUUCUCAAGGGACAAACUGUCAUGAGGUGGAAGUGGCCUCUUGUUUUUAAGUAGUCUGAGUUGGGGAGAAGACAUUUUCUUCUGAACUUGUAAAUAAGUUAAAACCCCAACAUUCCUUUUCAUUUUUUUGUAAGUGGAAUCAGUUCUGUUUCUGCUAAAACUCUUGCACACACUAGUGAGCCUUCUGUCCAUGGAGGAGAAAGCACAAUAUUCUGUUGCCUGUCGUAGCAAGGGAAGCGUGUAACAAUCCCCCUGCCAGCUCAGAGCAAGUGCUGAGCUGUCAGUAUCCAAAUUCCAAGGCCACUCUGUGUUUUCUUUAUCUUCUGAGCUACAYAGAAUCAUUUACUCCCACAGCAUUGCAGUGGUCAAUUUAAUCUCUGAGCACAGCUUCCUGCUUCUGCUGUGUGAGAUACUGUUUAACUGCUUUCCCUUUCCUUUUGCCCAACUUUCUUGCUGGAGUCAGUGUUUAAGAUGAUGAUUAUCCAGUGCAGUCCAGAAGGAAUUGAAGUCUCUCUUCCUCAGUCUACCAAGAGUUUAGUUGUUGAAGAGCAUUGUGUUUCCAUAGCAAGUGUAUCUUUGACUUGUACCACAAAGAUUUUAAUGUAGGUAAAACCUAGAACUACUUGGCAAUAAAACACAAGCACACAGUGAAGGCAAAUAGUUCUACAGCUUCCAGAAAGUUAUUAAGAAAUCGUUUAAUCCAAAAUCUUAAGUGUCCUUCUGAUAAUUCGUAAAGCACAGUACCAUCUAGCUGCUAGGGUCCUCUUAAAAAUAUGUUCAAGAUUCCCUUUUGCCCAUGGUGUGAAAGACAGAUUUUGACAAGCAUUCUGUGGAUUCCAGGUGGCCAGAAUUACUGCUGCAAAAGCAUUUGAAUGGAAAAUGCCACCUUGGAAACAUGACAUUGAUGUAGGGAUAAGUCAAUUAUACAUGUUCAAGUGCUAUGUCCUGGUGCUUUUAUAAUCCCCCUGGAUUUAGAAGGUUCUGUUGAAAUAAGUGUGGUGACUGUUACUUUCCUUGAAAAGAAUUGCAUAAAUGCCCAAGAGAGACUGGGAAAUAAGGAAAACUGGUACUUUUUUCCCCUGGCUGAUCUAAGACAAGUGUCUACACUGAUGUGUGUCUUUUUUAUCAGGGAGUAAGUUCAAAAUCUAAUUUACAUCUGUCAAGGAAGCUAUUGCUAGUCUUUUCUUAGGACUUUGAUAAUGUUUACAGAAUUCCUUUGUAUAAGGGAAAUUGAAAUGCAACCCUAAUGCCUUUUACAUUCCAAUAUUACUUUGAUCUUARUGUUGCUGAAUGUCCCUGGGGAAAACUGCACGUACAGUAUACAUUGUUUCUCCUUCCCCUCUCCAGCAAAGUUAUGUUAACUUCGAUCAUCAUUCCAGGUUCAGCAGCCAAGAUAAUGGAAUUUUGACUUCUGAGGUUCUUUUUUUGAUUACUUCAGGUUAGGAGGAGUAAAAGCUUAAGCUUAUUCCUUGGCUAGCUUGUGCAGGAUUCUGGUAGCCUGASUUCUCUGGCAGUUUCUCUGGAAGAACAGUAGAAUUGGUUAUGUUGCAGAGUAGCCAGCUAAGACCUUUUAGCUGGCUCUUGUGAGCCCUGCCACUUCAAAGUGGGAAAUCUAUGAAAUUACAGGUAGAUAACAGGUAAACUUAAACAGAUGAUAUUUUUUCCCCUCUCCUCUCAGUUUAAAACUGUAAUUCAAGCUUCACAGCCUUUUAUUCAGGAAGAGAGAAGAACAAAUCUUCAUUAGACUGCAGAGCACAUGAGGCUAAGCAAUUGUGCCCUUACAGGAAGGGAACCCAAGGGGAAAUGGCAAGGACACAAAGAUCACCAGAGUGCCACAGGGAUUUAUGUUGUGCUUUGGUGUUGUGUUCUGUCCCUGGGGAGGUCAGACAGUAGGAGACACUUGCCAUAUUCUUGCCAAUACGUGAGACAUACUCAGGGUUUAUCACUUCAUCUACAAGCAGUUUKAAUUUAAAAUAUAGACCAGAACAAAACUCUUUAGAUUCCUACUCACUUACAAGUAGUUGUGUUCUGGCUUUUGCCAGAUUUAACAGCAAAAGAAAUUUCCACUUCACUGAAGUACUUUAUUUUGUAUGAUUUUUACACAGCCAGGGAGUAAACUGCAUGAACAUUCCCUCUUGAGUAGUUUUCAAUCUCAAUUAGAUUGUAUCGUUACACCUUCUUUUGUGGUCAUUAAACCUACUUUGUGUUACAUUUUAUUAGCAUCAUCUUUGGUUAUCCUCUUGGCAGGAAGCAUGGUGAGCAUUUCUGAAGCUUUCUAUCUCACUGUCCUUCAGGACAGGAAUGUUUGUUGUGUGCACUCUACUGAGAAUGGAGAGUUUGUGGCUUAAAUCACAAAGCURCUUCCUUCCCAAAGUCCUUGCUCAGUUGCUUACAGCACUUAAGGCUGAGUUCCCUAAAACUUUGUUUGAUGUUAAUGCCCAUCUCAGUAGAAUUUGGUGCUCUACCCGAAAGUGCUUUUUUCCCAGCCUCACUGUUGACCAACUUGUCCACUUUUUUUACUUUUUGCAGUACAGACAAUAUAACCUUAACCAGGCAGCCUUAGCAUACAGUUCUAGCAGGAAAUCUGUAUAUCCURGAUCAGCUGGCUUUCCAGCUAUAGUAGGAAAUGGGGAGGAUGGUAAUYAUCURUUCCCAAGAUACUGAGACUCUAUGCAUUGAAAUGUGGGAAUUUUUUUYACUWCUUCAAGGUUUCGCUCUGUUUUAUGUAAUCAAGUCCGUUAUGAAUACUGGUACAAUCUGAAAUGGUUCUACACUGAUGAUGUGAACAGUUUUACUACUCCUUUAGUAUUUACACUAAUAAAAUUGUUCAUGAGCUGUUAGAAAAACCAAGGAAGAAUUUUCUGCCACAAGCUGAAAUYCUUUUCAGAAACCACAUUUUAAAAAGGAAAGUGUGUUGGGCUCUACAUGUGCCUUCAACUUUCUGAGAAUGGCUCUUGCUUCGUUUUGGUACUUAAUCAUGUUCAUAAAAGUGAGUUCACUGUGCUAUUGUAAACUGAGGAGGAGGAGGAUGCUUAAACAUGUUUGUCUUAAAUACUGAUGUUUACAACCAUAGCAAAUACUGAUCAUGUUGGAGAAAAAGCACAAAAAUGGUGUAUCGUCCUAAAACCAUGUGCCUCACUGUAAUGUGACCACUAAAUUUUUUAAGAGCUGUGGAAUUGUUUUGUAAAAUAAAAACCAAACUCAGAAAUUCUC